AUGGCUGAAGAAUUAAGGUGAGUUUAAUAUUUUCAAAGGAUAUAUAAAACCAUAAAUAUUUUAAUAUCCAUGCGGUGAUGUAGCCGAGUAGCUCCCGCAAAGGCGUUGAAGGCGCCAAAAAUCAAAUGGAGCUAUAUCAGACUGUUUAAUAUUAAAAUCAGUGUACCUCAGUGUGUCUGUGGGUAUUAUUAUAUCUGUAUAAUUGAUAAAAUUAUUAGUCAAUCGUUUAUAUAUGAAUCGUUUUAGCAUGUCCGUUUUUGAUUUAUACUAUUUUCUGAUAGUCACAUGUUGCAUGAGUCUAUUCAUCAUAUAUUAUUUUAUACAAUUAAAUAUUAAAUGUAUAUUUUAAUAAUUUUUAAAAUAUUGUAGAUGUAUUAUGCAUGAGUCAAUUCGAGGAGUAACCAUCCCCACCCCGGGAACACACCCGGGCAUUUGAUUUGAUUGGUUAUGAUAGUGUAAAUGCCCGGGUGCCGGGACACAACUUGAAGACUAAUGCACAGCCCUUGGGCAAGCUGAGAGUGGAAAAUGCCCCACCCCGGGACGAUUUUAAACGUUGAUUAAACUUUUAAUGGCAUAUAAUAGCAUAGUCAUUUAAUAACAUUAUAGUAUUAAACUGCUAUGGAAUAUUAUAAAACUUUAAUAUAAACUUGAAUAUUGCUAAGAGUGGUUAAAAGUAUUUAAACAAUGAAAUCAUAAACCUUUAAUAGUUGUAUUUAAAUUUGCAUGGCACAGGUUAUAAUUUUCGCUUAUUCUGACAAUAAAUUUCAUGCCACCUUGACCACAAGGGCGCAAAAUAUGAUCAGCGCGCCCACAUGCGGGCCUGAAACUAUGUUUUGCUGCCUUAAAAUUUGCAGGUGGGAUUCUGGGCAACCAUUUGUCAAAUCCCCAGGGUCCUUCAAUACCCGGCCCCUGUGCACGUAUAUGAAAGGCAAAUUCCCGACCCCUGUGAACUGUCUAUCAGGCAAAUUCCCGGGGGGAUGGUUACUCCAGGAAUUGACUCAUGCAUUAAAACAGCAAUAAGUCAUUCACUUAAUGCUUUUAAAGAUGUGGUACAGUCCGAUCUGCGCAUGUGUGCAAAGUAGCCAUCUUUGUAUUAUACAAACAGUUUAUUUAGGUUUUUAUUUCAUUUUAUGGUCUUGCAAAGCUUAAUUGUUGUACCUUGAUAGUUUAUUAUACUCUAGUAGAAUCAUGAAAAUAUAAAUACAGUAGUUGUCGAAUAAAAUUCAAUAUUUUGGAUACCGACAAAGCCUUUGUUUGCAUAUGACUGUACUGCAUCUUUAAGAUAUAUUAAACCCUUUUUACAGACUAAGUGAGGAACAGAAAAUAAUCAUUGACUUGGCAUCAAAUGGUCACAAUGUUUAUUUUGGAGGAAUUGGUGGUUGUGGCAAAACCUAUGCUGCUAAUUGUAUUCUUCAUAUUCUUCAAAAGAGAGAUGUUAAAUUUGUCUGCACAUGUACUACAGGAAUUGCUUGCACAUUGUAUGAGGAUUUCCCUGCUCAAACUAUUCAUUCCUUUGCUGGAAUUGGUGUAUGCCGUGGCUCAAAAGAAGAAAUUAUACGGAACAUAUUAUCAAAUGAAGAAUGUGUGAAGCGUUGGAGAGAAACCGAGGUGCUUUUUAUUGAUGAAAUUUCUAUGUUGAGUCAGAGAACAUUUGAAAUUCUCCAGCAUGUUGCUCAAAACAUUAGAGGUUCAGAGUAUGUGUUCGGUGGGAUCCAGACUUUGGCAUUUGGAGAUUUUCUUCAGUUACCUGCUGUUAAUAAUUAUGUUGAUGAUGGCAACUAUGCAUUUGAAAGUGUUCUGUGGAAUGCAACAUUCCCACACCAAAUAAUUUUACAUGAAAAUUUCCGUGCCAAAGAUGAUGAUAAUCUAACAAGUCUUGUUAAAAAUUUAUCUGUUGGUAAUUAUAAUGAAGAAAAUGUUAAUCUGAUCAAAAGCCUCAGCAGACAUAUCAAUCCAGCAGAUUUAGGCCUUGAGUAUGUGCCAAAACUAUUUCCCUUGAAUGAUGACGUUGAUUUUGCAAAUGUCAGGCGAUCAAGUUGUUUUUGAAUCAUAUGAUACUGGAGAUACAAAGGUACUAAACAGAGAACUAAUAGCUCCCUGCAAAUUAUCAUUAAAAGUUGGGGCACGAGUAAUGUUCAUUUACAACAUUAAUGAUGUUAUAAAAAAUGGUGUGUUGGGAAUUGUAGUAUCGUUUUCAAACGAUCUUCCAGUUGUUCAAACAGACUUGGAAACAUUAGUUGUGAACAGAGUCACUUGGCCAGUUUAUGACAAGCACAGUUCUUCAAAGAUAAUAGGCACUAGAACGCAGCUCCCUUUAAAGCUAGCUUGGGCGAUGACAAUCCACAAGGCCCAAGGAAAGACACUUCCUGCUGUUGAAGUACAUUGCAAAAACUUAUUUGCCCCUGGUCAUCUAUAUGUAGCGAUCUCAAGAGUCAAGGAUUUGGAUAAAUUAUCUGUCAUUGGUUUUGACCCUAGUAAGCAUACAAUUCCACCACCAAAGAUUGUAUUGAAUUUCUUAAAUAACAUUCACAAUGUCACUAUGGAUCGAGAUUGCAUGUGUUGCCAUGCCAAAGUGUCAAUACCAUCAGAUACAAUAGAUGUAGCAGUUAAUGAGCCACUUAAUGAUGAUGAUGAAUUAAUUGGAGAGGAACUAGAUGAAAUUGAUGACAUUAUCAGGUCAUACUUUACAUCAAGUCCUGAAUCUAACCUCGAAUCUGCCACAUCUGCAUCAUCCAGUUCUAAUAGCGAUAUUGUCAAUAUGGCUAAUAUAAUGGAUAAAAUGUCAAAAUCACCUGGCUUCCACAAAAUUCCAAAGGAUUUUAAUUACUCUUCCUUCUUGUUAUCACUAAAGAGUGCUGAAAAUUUUGCAGAAGUUAUUGGUGGUGUGCCAGAUGUCAAUCCAAUUUAUGAUUAUCUGUUGGGUCCCAAUGUCAUGUCACAAACGAAAUUAUUUCUUGGUGUCCAGUGGAAUAGGAUUUUUGAAAUGGUCAGAAAAUAUGUUUCUGAUGUCAAUACAGUCGUGAAAAGAACACAAUUCACUAGCCAUUUUGGGGAUUUACAUAAUUUCCUUAGUUCGAAAGAAUUGGAAGCAGAUUUUUCAGAACUUAUUACAAUCCCUGUGGAUCAACUAUCUGAACAGCACUUUCACGCCCUUACUGAAAUCAUUUUCGGUUUAAACAAGAAUGUUUUGAGUGUUCUUGUUGGAGAAUGUUCCUCUUCUCAUGUGGACCCCACAAGGGCUGAUGUAAGGCAUAUGAAUGAUGAUGGUUUAGGAAAGGUUAGAUAUUGUGGUGCUUGGGCGGUUGCAAAGAUCAAGAAUUUAUGCAAGAUAUAUUUUAAGACAAAUAUUCAUUCUACCAAUGUGUCAGUCAGGAUGAAAGCUAAAGAAGCAUAUGUUAAGGCUGAAUUACUCUUACAGUUAGUAUGGUCCAGUUCAUUUGCUCAAGAGCACUCACAUUCUAAAGGCACCCUUACUGUUACUAUACUGAAGAAUUACGAAAAGGGAAAUCUAACCCAUAUUACAGAUGACAUGUUUGAGUGGAUCCUUGACUUAGAACAAGAAAGAGUCAAUUUGCUUAACAAAACAAACCUUUCUAUUCAUCAGGAUGAUCUUAUCGAACAUGUACUUUCUUCUAUUGAGAAGAAUGAGGAACUUUUUAGAAAGUGGAAAGCCCUCUUUUCAAUGAACGAAAUUUUGUGUUCCACGACAAUUAAUCUGGAUGUUGUUCAGAAUUUAGUUUGCGAAUUGUUUAAAGAUGUCAUUACAAGAUAUGUUAAGAUGGGAGUUGGGGAAUUUUUACGGGAAUUUCGGAGAGAUUUUCAGUUACAGAAAACGGAGGCACAUCGGAAAAAAGUGGUUGAGAAAAAGAAAAAGAAAGACUUAGCAUCAAGCAAAGUAACAUUGAAGUCUAUUAGGGAUGACAAUUCAAUGAAUAAAACUAAUUCACAUAGGCAUUUGCUAACAAUGAUCGAACAUCAACAGACAGUAUUUCAAAGUACAGUAUAUAGCAAGAGUGAGCUACAGUUGUUAUGCAAGGCUUACGGUUUGGUUUUUAGGAAAAAUGAUUCAAAGUCGACACUUUCAGAAAAGUUAAUCCCAGCCAUACAACAGUCCCAGUCCAUUCCACAUCCUCUUGCUUUAUGUGAUUCACAACAGCAGUCUUCAACAUCAACUAUGGAUACUGACGAUUGCAGUAAUCAGAUUUCUUUAGAGCACUCCCAUAAUCAAUCACAAGGUAAAUGCAUACACAGUGCAGUAACUGUGUGCUGAAUUGUGUGUAAUGUUUGCAUUCCUGAAAGCAAUCUUCAGUCAGUUAAUAUAGCAUGUAUGUUUAACAAAGAGUGUACUAUCAGGAGUAACGUAAAUCCGCCUGUUUAAUUUCAUCUAUCUUUCCUUUCAAUACCGCGUAGAUCAGCUGGCAGAGCAUUGGGCUAGUAUUCCAAAGGUCGUAGGUUCGAUUUCCACCGUGCCGGGCAUAUUUUUCAAGCUCGCCCGGUGUGGAUAUACACUCAGAGUAACAUCGCAAACAUUACACAGUUAAUAGACUAUAAUAGUUAAUAUUAGCCAUAAGUCCUAACAAAGUUUCAAUAUAAAUAAUAUAAUACAAUUAACUAUAUACAUUUAUUAAUACAGUACGUUAUUGAAUUAAUUAUAGAAGGAAUCAGCCGUAGAGAAGAAGAUGAAAUUCCACAAAUUCAUGCGCCUUUGAGGAAACGAUUCAAACCUUCAAAAGAAGAAGAACAAGUGCUAUGCCUGGAUCAACAAGAUAACAAAGCAAUGGAAAGAGCAUACGAAAGGUCAAUCCAGUUUAGAACAUCUUUGAAAUCUAUAAUCACUUGGCAUGAAAAGCAUCCGGUAUAA